CAAUCCUAGUCACAAUCAAAAAAGAAGAGUAAUGCGAUAUGCUAGAUAAGAUGAAUGUUCAGGUAGCCCAUACAUAAAAGCCUGUGAAAAGCCUGUCGCCAUGAUUUGGCCCCAUCUUAAGAAGAAGAGAGUUUCAUUGUAUAUUAAAAGAGAAUGUGACUGAAUGAGGGGCAUUUUAGAAGUAUUUUUUGUGCAUGAAAAGAAUGUCCAGAAUUGAAAUUUCCACGAUGCCAGGAAAAUGUUACUUUAUACUGUAUCUGUGGUGUGUAAUGAAUUUCAUCGUUAGUACUGGAGGUUUCAAGGCAAAGAGAUGCCCGACGCCAUGUCAAUGUGAUUUUACGUCUUUGUCACAUGGAAUUGUCAACUGCUCUUACAGCCUAAUCCGUGCCCUGCCCCUGGAUAUACCUAUACCACGUAAUACAACUGUACUGGAUCUACGGUACACCGGUCUGCCUGAGAUCCCACCGCACGCAUUUAGUCACCUGGAGAAUCUAAAAGUACUGUAUGUCGGAGGGAACGAUAUUACACACUUUCAUGAGGAUAGUUUUGCAGGUUUAUGGCAUUUGGAACUAUUAGAUUUGUCUCCACUUCACUCGGACAUGAACUUUGAUUAUGAAGCAUUCCCUGCAAACUUGUUUCGUGAUUUAAUCUUGUUAGAAGUUCUGAUAUUCGGAAAGAUGGGCAUCAGUGUACAGGUGCAACAAGGCUAUAUAGACCAAACCUUAGCUCCCUUGCAUCAAUUGCAAAAGGUGACCUUUCCAAGUCUUCUGGGAGGAGAUUCACCAUUUGGUUGCGGAUACAACAAUCUUACUUCACUGAAAACAGUGGUGUUUCAUGGAGUUGGAUAUGUAACGAACAUAAGAAAGCACACCUUUGCCAUGUUAAAAAACUGUCCUAUCGAACGGCUAGCUUUCAUUAACUGUGGACUGGACACCAUAGAAUAUGGCGCAUUGUCUUCAUUUCCACAUUUGAAAGCAUUGGACAUAGAGUUGGCCUACUUUAUAUCAAUCACAGAGGCCGAGAAGUUUAUAUGUGACCUGAACAAUACAGCAAUUGAAGUUCUUCGCAUGAACAACAUAUUCGCAUGGCGAAAUGGGAAACCAAGUGUUCCACAGUGGAUUGUGUCUGCUAAUACUUUUCAAUGUUUGAAACACACAUCACUUAUGACAUUGGAAUUAUUGCACAAUAGAAUUGAAGCAAUCGACUUUCAAAUUUUAAAUAUUCUGACUAAUUUAGAAUAUUUAGAUUUGUCUGGUAACAACAUUUUAUUUGUCUUAGAAAAUGGAAUAGAGCUAGUUAGAUAUGAAAGAAUGUUUACCCAAAUGUUAAAGACAAACCUAACUCUUUGCAGGAUAGACCACAAUAUUAAUCUCGCGCAUAUGGUGACAUCUCAAGAUGUUCCAUCAAACUCCUUUUGGUAUGGCCGUCCAAAAGUUCCUUUAGAACCAGCUAAAUACUCGUAUGCCAGCCCAACCCACAAAACCAAAACCCACAAAACACAUGAUUUUCGUUUAGAGCUCCCAAUUUUGAAAAUAAUUUUGCCUGAAAAUUUAGAAUACGUGUCCGUAAGCUGGUUGGCUACACAUAAUAAUAAUAUUUUCCCAUGUGGGACAUUUAAGGGGUCUUUUUAUUUCUUUCCAAACAAGCUCAGAUAUCUCAGAAUAGAGGAAGUGAAUUUAAAAACUAUUUGUGCCCCAUUUUAUGGCUUAGAUUGGCUAGAAUUUCUGGAUUUAUCUUAUAAUGGUGUUUACUUCCUUCCAAAAAGUUUUUUUGAUAAUUUCAUCUCACUGAUUUACUUGUAUCUGAAAGACAACAAUUUAGGACCUUUGUUAGCUAAAGGUGGUCUACAUCCCAUGUAUCUUCCGCUCUUAGAAAUCCUCGAUUUAUCAGUGAACAAAAUCAGCACAAUACCAAAGGACUUUUUCCGCUAUCUUGAAUCCUUGAAACGACUGGACCUCAGUGACAAUCGAAUAUCAAAAAUAUAUUUUACUACGACAAAUUUUCACUCCAUAGAAUUCAUAGACAUAAGCACUAAUCAACUAACUGCCUUAUCGUUAUCGGAGUUGGAACACAUUAGGAAUGUGAAUGCCAGUAAUUUGGAUGUUGCUUUGAACAUGAGCAACAACCCCAUGGACUGCAACGUUUGCGACGGGAUAGGAUUUCUCCACUUGAUUAUCCAUUCCAACAUGACGACAAUAUUCUCCAACGACUCCACUUGUUAUGUGAAUGGAUCUAAAACAAGCUUAUUGAGCAGCCUGAGUAGACUUGAGAGGGCAUGCGACAGCUUUUCACAGUCAAACAUUUCAUCAAACCAGUGGCUUUCCUUUGGAGCAUCUCUUGGUAGCAUAUCUGCUGUGGCCUGUAGUCUUAUAGUAGCUUACAUUUACCGUUGGAAUAUCAAAUACCGCUUCUUCCUUCUUCGCCGCCAUUUUCGAAAUAGAGGUGUCAUUACUGCAACACCUGGUCACGUGUACGCCUCCUAUGACGACAACGAUUAUUACUGGGUAACGCACGUACUGUUGCGCCAUUUAGAAGAUGAGGAUCAACUUGAUGUCAUUAUAGAUCAAAGAGAUUUCAUUGGUGGCGCUUCCCUUUCCGAGGCCAUCGUAGAGGCCGUGGAAAACAGCAGAAAAACAGUGCUUGUUCUGUCUGAGAGCUACGUUCUCAAUCCUUGGUGUGAGUUUGAGUUUCAGAUGUCCCUUGCUCGUAGUUAUCAAUCAGUAAUCCCGGUUAUGUUUCAACCUGUGCCAUUUGAUGCUAUGACGAAAUCGCUGCGAAAGUACAUUAGGGCAAGAGGGUAUAUCAAGUGGACUGACAACCCAGAGGGACAACGUUUGUUCUGGAAACGCCUCUCCGACGUCAUCUUUGAUGAGAAUAAUAUACUUACGCAACCCGAGAAAGAUGAAUUGACUGAACUCAUGUAGAUGAUGAAAUUUGGUUUUAUACUGUUGUGUAUUGAAUAUAUUCCAUCACUGUAUAUUACGGACUAAAAGCGUAGUUUGUUUUCCUGUUCUUAAACAUCUGGACGCAAAUGUAAUGUUACCAUCGCCUAUUAGCAUAAUACAUACUUUACUGAGGUAUGCAAAGGAUACAGAAGUAUAUAUAUAAUAUAUUUGUAAAAGAUCUCUAUAAAACACCAAAUGGUGAACAAAAAUUGAGUGUUAGAAUACCAUGGCAACAAACGUACAAAAAAUUACUUGUUAAUGGGGAGGAAGUGAGUUUAAAGUAGUUCAGAUAAAUGACAAUAUAUAGAAUUUUGGGUAAUAGAGCUUACUUAAAUGCAAAAUUAUUGAUAAUCAAUACUUCUAUAAGAUUUUAAAACUAAUAAGUGCGCAUUUAUUGGCUGCGAAAUAGUUGGGCAUUUUGUGGAUAGAAGUGAAACAAUGGAUACAUCAAUCGACCACAGUUUAACAGUAUCCUAUUUCGAGAUUACUGUGGAAAGUAGUAAAUAUGUGAAAAAUAUUUUGAAUUAAACUUAACCUUAAGUCGAUUUUUUCUCUUUCUAUAUGCGGAAGUGAGUAUAUCAUUUCGUACUUGAUGAGAAAUAAAUAGAGCGAUUGCA